AGAGACUCCUCGCUAUCUCCCAUGGACUUUAUAGAUAAUAAAAAGAACAUCAUGCCAAGCAGAUAUAAGCUGUUCUGGCGAUCAGUGAUUUGCAGUCGGAAGCCGGUGGCGCCGUUCCGAGUAUCCGUAGGGUUCUAUUGUUCAGUCAUCUGAGCGGCUAAAUCUGCAUCCGCCGGCUAAGCAUCCACCGGCAAAGCUCGUACCACAAACCCUCUCCGGGGUUGUGCGGGGCCCCGCCCCACGCAUCAGAUGGCUGCGUAGCUGCGUAGUCAUGCGUUCCCCAGGCCUUCAGCAUUCUAGGGCCGCGACAUAUAUUAGCUGCAGCCAUGCUGCCUUCUCUCUUUUCCCCACAACUCUGCACUAUCUCGAUAAUCAUCAUUCAUCAUGGCUCCUACUGCUGGCGGUGCCCCCGUCCCCAAUGCUAUCUCAGAUCGUCGACAACGUUUGGCGGGACCUAAAGGAGUCAAAGGUAUCCUCGCCAAUGGCCAGAUUUUCGCAAUCGCCGUCUUUGCCUCAUUUGGUGGUCUCGUGUACGGCUACAACCAGGGAAUGUUUGGACAGAUUCUCAACAUGAGCUCGUUCGCAAAGACCGUCCAUCCUGAUUCGAUCAGCAACCCGACGGCACGUGGUCUGCUCACCUCAAUCCUCGAGCUCGGCGCCUGGGUUGGUGCCCUCUCCAACGGUUAUAUCGCCGAUAGACUCGGAAGAAAGCUCUGCGUUGAUGUUGCUGUCUUUGUCUUUGUGGUCGGUGUUAUCGUUCAAGCUUGUGCGAAGGAGCCGUCGUAUAUCCUCGGCGGCCGGUUCGUCACUGGCUUGGGUGUCGGUUCACUCUCGAUGGUUGUCCCGCUUUACAACGCUGAGCUGGCUCCUGCUGAGAUCCGUGGUGCUUUGGUCGCUUUGCAACAGCUUUCAAUCACUUUCGGCAUCAUGGUCGCUUACUGGAUCGGCUACGGAACAAACUUCAUCGGCGGCACAGGCGACUCUCAGUCAAAGGCCGCGUGGCUCAUCCCUAUCUGCAUCCAGAUCUUGCCGGCGCUUAUCCUCGGAGUCGGCAUGAACUUCAUGCCUCAGUCUCCUCGCUGGCUGAUGUCUAAAGGCCGCGACGAGGAAUGUCUGCAGACCAUUGCGCGGAUUCGUCAUGCGGAUGUUGAGCACGAGAUUGUUGUUCUCGAGUACUUGGAAAUCAAGGCGCAGCAGAUGUUUGACGAUGAGACUUCGGAGAUGCUCUUCCCUGAAUACCAGGACAAAUCUGCAAAGUCUAGCUUCAUGCUCGGCUACCAUGCCUAUGCCCGGUUGUUCACCAACAAGGCUCUGUUCAAACGAACUUCGGUCUCUAUCCUCGUCAUGCUUUUCCAGCAAUGGACGGGUAUCAACGCCAUUCUCUACUACGCCCCGUUCAUCUUCCAGGACCUCGGUCUGACUGGUAACUCCAGCUCACUUCUGGCGUCUGGUGUGUGUGGAGUGGUUAUGUUUCUGGCGACCAUCCCCGCCGUGCUUUUCAUCGACAACCUCGGUCGCAAACCUGUUCUCAUCUGCGGUGCUCUCGGUAUGGCGGUCUGCCACUUCAUCGUCGCUGGUAUUUCUGGUGCGUAUGAGGACUCGUGGGGAUCUCAUAAGGCUGCGGGUUGGGUUGCUGUUGUCUUUGUCUGGUUCUUUGUCGUCCAUUUCGGAUACUCCUGGGGUCCCGCGGCAUGGAUUGUCAUUGCAGAGAUUUUCCCUCUCGGCGUUCGUGCAAAGGGUAUCUCAAUCGGUGCGUCAUCCAACUGGCUCAACAACUUCGCCGUCGGUAUGGCGACUUCAGAUAUGCUCGACAACAUGCGCUACGGCACUUACAUUUUCUUUGGUAUAAUCUGCGUCAUCGGUUCUGUAUACAUUUACUUCAUCGUCCCCGAGACAAAAGGACGCACGCUAGAGGAAAUGGACGAGUUGUUCAAGGAUGACUCUGGUGAGGGCAAGGCAGAUGCUGAGAGGUUGAAUCGGAUAUGGAGAGAGCUUGGGAUGUUUGAUGCUCAGCUGCCUAAUGUGCACCAGAUGAUGGAUCCUGAAAAAGCGUCGAUUGCUAUGGUUGAUGUCUAGAUUGUUUCUGUUUUGUAAAAAACCGUUUUUUGUUUUCGAUUAUCGUCUAUCAAUAUAUUAUACAGUUAAACUUGAACUAGUUAUCCACAAUCUACAUCGAAGUCAUAGACGACCAUACCCAAGACAAUACAGUCUAAUCCUGGCGCAUAUCUUCAAGCUGGAACAACCAUACUUCAAAUAAAUUCGCCCGUUUAUAGUGUAAUGUAUGAGUGAAGGAAAUUAUUGAUAUCGUACAG